AUGGAAGAAGCAAAUGAACGUUAUUAUUUACUCGAAAAAGAAUUUAGAGAAAUUAACAAAUCAGAUAUUUUAAAUAUUUUGUCAAUUUCUUUAUAUAAACAAGGAAAUUUAAAGAGAGCUUUAAUUAUUAAUGAUAAAUUAAUUGAAUUAGAUCCUUUAUAUCCAAAUGCAACAAAUAAUUCAAAAUUAUAUGAACAAGAAUUAUUAGCUAAUGGAGUUGUUGAAGAAGAUUUUCGUUUAAAUAUACCUCCAUUAAAUAAUUAUAGAUCAUUAAACGAUUCAUACCAUGAUUUUGUUGAUCGUUUGGCUUAUGAAGAGCUCUGUCGUGGUGAAAAUGAAAUUAAUAUAACAGAAAUAUCCCAACUUUAUUGUUAUUACAAAAUGGAUCGCCCAUUCCUUCGUUUAGCCCCAAUUAAAGUUGAAAUUAUUCGAUUCGAACCCUUAGCUGUUAUAUUUCGUAAUGUUGUAUUUGAUGAAGAAAUUGAAAUAAUGCAAAAUAUAUCAUUACCAAAAUUAUUUAUAUCUCCGUUUGGAAGAAACAAUAGUUCCAAAUUUAGAAUUAGCAAAAGGUGUUACAUAUUUGAAAUAAUCUACUUUAUAUUUCUAAUUUUAAGUACUACGAUUAAUGCAAGAAACCAUUCAAUUGUGUUACAAAUAGCUAAACGUUUGAAAUUAAUGACUAAUUUAAAUAUGAUGUCAGCUGAAGGUUUACAAGUGGCAAAUUAUGGAAUUGGUGGAUAUGUUGAACCCCAUUUUGAUUUUCCUACUAAGGUUGGCGGUUCCUGGGUCUGGAACCGAUAA